GAAGGUGACUCCGCACAGCCUCCCGGAAGCCUCUUCCCGGCCUGGCCCGGUCAGCAAGCAGCCAGGGAGCCAGGCGGCCUCGGGAAACGUGGGGCUCAGGACCCGGGCCUGGGCGUCUCCGAGCCUCUUACCGCGACCGCCCGCCGAUGGCCACACUUGUGGGUGCAGACAGCCACCAUCACAGGUUGAAUGAAUUACUCCAACUAUUUAUUAGCUAUUUACUAGAGGUAGAGGGAAAAAUACACUAUGGCUGACGAAGUUUUCAGCACAACUUUGGCAUAUACGAAGAGUCCAAAAGUUACCAAAAGAACUACUUUCCAGGAUGAGCUGAUAAGAGUAAUUACAGCCCGCUCGGCCCGACAGAGGAGCUCGGAGUACUCAGACGACUUUGAGAGUGACGUUGUUUCCUUAGGUGAUUUUUCUGAUACCUCAGUAGAUGAAAAUUUAGCUAAGAAAAAAAUGAAUGAUUUUCAUAUAUCAGAUGAUGAGGAGGAGAAUUCUCCACGACCAUGUUUUUUGAAAAGAAAGAAAUCAGACACUGACGUGAGCAGAGAGGAGCCGGAAGCCGCUGUCAGGAACAGUGAAGAAAGGGCGCCAGAUGUCUGUGGAGACGUGGCUGCAAAUUCCUUCUCCGAAUCUCACAAUAAAUAUCAAGAAGUUAAAGAUGAGAGAAUUAAAAUAAAACCGAAACCCAGAAUUCUUCCAAUCAAAAGCACCUCUUCAGCAGAAAAUAGCAGUCCUGAAACAGAUGCACGUUUUAAGCCUUCACCUCGGCCAAGGAGCAUGUUCAAAAAGCGUAGCCAUGUGGAAGAGAAGGAAAAACUAGGCAAAGAGAAAGAAACUACCCUUGGUGACCACCUGGAGUUGGCGCCUUCCUUCCUGCCUGGGCUGAGUGUGAGACCCUUAGAAGCUGAGAAAGACGGACUCUCUGUAAGCCUUGACGUUGAGGAUCCAUUGUUUACAGAAAGCCUGUCAUCGUCAACCCCUAAAGAAAGCCUAGGACAAUGCUUUCCAGCAGGAUCAGAGGACAAAGCAGCCAUAAAAGAUCAGAAUGGAGAAUUCACUGAAAACCAUGAUUCCUUGAAAUUAAAUGAAAAUGCGGAGAAUGCAGUUUUGGUCGACUGUGUUACCCCUGAACUUGAGAAACCCACGGAAAGCGACCUGGCUGCUGCUGACCCUGAGGAAGAGAAGCGGAAAGGUGGAGCGAGGGCAGAGGAGGACAUAACAGCUGCUCCCCUGCUGUCUAAAUCCCAGAGGACCUCGGUGCCUGUCAGUGCAGUGGCACCUGCCCAGAAAGCAAUCGAAGAUAGAAACAUGAAGAGUAAAAAGUCAACACCUAAUAAUAGAGCAUCCAGUGCCUCUGCCAGAUUAAUGACUUCUGAGUUUGUGAGGAAAUCCGGUUCUGCAGGGAGGACUCCGUGGCCCUCUGCCUCUUCCCACUGCUUAGGGACUUUGAAAGUCUCAGACCAGAAGCCUUCACAGAAACAGAACCUGGAGCCUGACUCUGCGGAUCACAUCAGGGCAGCUGUUUACCAGGAGUGGUUGGAAAAGAAAAAUGUAUAUUUACACAAUAAGAACAGAAUAAAAAGGAUUGAAAGUGAAAACUUAAGAAUCCAAAAUGAACAGAAAAAAGCUGCUAAGAGAGAAGAAGCAAUAGCAUCAUUUGAGGCCUGGAAAGCUAUGAAAGAAAAGGAAGCAAAGAAACUAGCUGCCAAAAAGAGGCUUGAGGAAAAAAACAAGAGAAAAGCUGAAGAAGAAGAGAACGCAGCAAGGAAAGGAGAGGCACUGCAAGCAUUUGAAAAAUGGAAAGAGAAGAAGUUGGAAUAUCUUAAAGAGAAAAAUAAAAAGGAGAAAGAAUAUGAAAGAGCAAAGAAACGGAAAGAAGAAGAAACUGUUGCUGAGAAAAAGAAAGAAAACUUAACCGCUGUUGAAAAAUGGAAUGAAAAAAAGGAAGCUUUAUUUAAGCAAAGGGGAAAAGAGAAAAUAAAUGAGAGAAGAAUGGAAGAACUGAAAAGAGCUGAGAAAAAUGAUAAAGAUAAACAAGCCGUCGAUCAGUAUGAAAAGUGGCUGGAGAAGAAAGAAAGGCAGGAAAGAAUCCAACGAAAACAGAAGAAACGGCAUGUCUUUCUUGAAAGUGAGGACCUUCCUCCCUGGAGCCCUCCAAGAACUGUGGUUUCAAAAAUGUUUUGAUAAUUUCAGUCCUUAAAUUAUUUACCCAGCAACCAAUUUUAGCCAUGGGUUUAAAAGCCAUUCAUUCAGUCCUUUGUAGUUAUAAGAUUCUAUUUUAACUAAACACGAGGCACUUCCACUGACAAUGGAAAAGAUAUUUUGGAGUUUGGUCGCUGAAAGUAUUUUUUCAACUGUAGAUAAACUGCCUAAAUGAAAAGCUAGUAUCAGAUUGCUCCUGCCUUCAGAAUGAAUAAAGGUUUGUCAUGCCCAGGUGACAUUCCAAGUGAUCGCCUUCACUAAACUCUGCGUGUUAUUUAAGUAUGCUGACUCCCAGGAAUAAAAGGGACCUCAUCCAGGUAUGAUAACCCCAGAAAUGAUUGGGUUCGUGGGUGGCUGUACGUCUGGAUUCGGGGUUUAAAGGAGUGAGUGUCCCUGGGCAGCAUGUUCCUCAAGCUCUCUUCUAAAACUACUCUAAGAAGUUGCAUCUGCACUGUUCAAGUUAAAAACGUGGACACUGAGGCGAGAGUUCAGUAGAACUAUGAGUUGCAAGGCAUUUGAUUUAAGAAUGUUGCCUUAUGUUUUAAUAGGAGUGCACUUUAUCUGCUCAAGGCUUAAAUGACAAUCACAGUCACUUUGUAAUUACCUCACCUCUGGAAUUUUUCUUUCUCGAUUCAUCUCACCUUGUUUACUACUUCAGUGAUACCAAAAGACAUCAGUUUCAUGGCAGUGAUGCACAUGUUGGUUACGGAGAUUCUGCAAUGACCAAGGUCACGGUCAUUAUCUCAUUUUCUACUCUGAAGCGAUAGCGUGAUGAGAGUGUUGCUCUUCUUCACUGAUCCAGAGCUGUAUCAAUGUAGAAGUCAGCUGAAUGGGGAGGUAAAUCUGUAGAAGAUAUCCGAAGAACCUUUAUUUAUUUACUUGAUAUCUGCACAUUCUUGUAUUAACUGGACCUGGUCAUUUAUUUUAAGACAAACCAAUUGUCUGCUCUCAGAGUUGAAAUACUGCUUUAGUUAACUGUGCAAUGUGGAGACGGUGGAUGAAAAUGAUACAGUGACUGUUUAUCCAAUAUCUUUACGAAUUAUAACCCUUCAGGUUAGGCGUUGCAGAUAGAAACACCAAGUCCAGGAAAACCAGAAAAUCUGCCAUACAAGCAGUGUGUGACUGCAUCCAAACCAGUUCUCACUGAUGGACUGAGUGAGUGCUCGUUCUGGAGCCUGUCGGCCCCUGCAUUAGUCAGCUUUGCACACACUUCAACUCUCAGUCUAAAAUCCUGUGUUGCUAUCCAUAGAUAUCCGUCCCGGAAGAAGUAACUGCCAGUCAUUAGAGGCAGUGGACCUCACUAAAUCUGUGCGCUGAAAUGAGGAUUUGAAAAAUUUUGAGAAGUUGGAUAUCUUGCCUCUAGUAUUAGGGUGCAGAGAACUCAGCACUUGAUGCCAUGUAGGCUUCGAGAUUGCAAACAAUUGGAGGACACACUGAGCAUCAGCCUUUUGCUGCAGUGUAUUGCAAGCUAAGAUGUCCCGGAUUGCUUUGUAAGAUUAUAUCAUGGAAAUAAGUAUUUCAUAGAUAAAACUAAGAAGCCUCUUUAUGCUGCCAACGAGGAGAAUACUUCCUGCAGUUGCAGUGAGUCCAGCAGUAGGACUCAUCAGCAUGAGAGACAGGAGCUUUCUCAUUGUCCCACAACCCCGACAGUUCCAACAGAGGGCCUCCCAGCAGAGCUUGUGAAGUGUUUCUUUUGUUGAGUUAGAUAUUCAGAGCUAAAAAUAUAUUUGCAAGUCCCAGAGAAGUAAAAGGAGAAACAGGAAGAGAUACAGUGCUUUGGGGAAGAAGGACCAUAAAUGUGUUGGCAUAGAUUUCACAUUAUUUACCGAAACUUCCUGAUCAUUGUCUCUACAUGCUUGUACUGAAUGGCUUAUUAUUACUUAUUAAAUUGUGAGAAUUGCACAGGAUUAAUUAAUAUGUGUAGCACUGUGACCCAACAUAAUGAGCACAUAAUACUCAUUGCUGUUGUCUUCUCCUGCCUGGAGCCCUCCGUUCCCCUCUCUGUGACCGAGAUGACUGUCACAGGCAGGGGUGGCGGCGCGGAUUUGGCUCUGCGGUCCAGUGUAGGCUGCACUAUUCGAAAGAGAACAGAGCGCUGCCUUGUACUGGGCCCUAAAAGAAACUAAAUACUGAUUCCUGAGGGUUGCCUCUGAGGCAAGAUGAAACAGAAGUGAAGGUGUUCACAGAGACAGCAAGUCAUCACCCUCCAACGUGGGUGGGGAUUUUUGUCGUCGUAAUAGUGCACGCUUCCUGUUUACAGCAGCUUGCGCUCAACGUGUACUGAAAUUGUCUGGCUGAAUGAAUCUCCAUCUUCUGUAGCAGGAAUAGGCUGAGCGGGGAGGUGGCCAACAGCCCAGUACUGCACUGUUUGUUACCUUCUAAAAUCCAAAAUCUGAAAUCCAAAGGGGAGAAUCAAGCCUGAUAAUAUUCUCAUGAAUGUAUUUAUCUAUUUAAGGACAGUGGUUUUCUCAUAUUUCCUUAGAUGGUGUAAAAUAUCAGUGUAAAUAUCUUCUCUCAAGUAUUAAUUUAUAAUAUGAAGUGACGUUUAAUUAAAAUAAAGAACAGUACAAUCCUGUUAUCGUAGUUUUGUAAAUUACACUGAGCAUUUCAAUGCUGAGAUUUGAAAGAAAGUAUGAAUUUUACAAAUAUUUUUAAAGUUGCUGAAAAUUUCCUUUGAAGCAUGAAUUUAAAUAUUAAUAUAAAUGUAGUUGAGGACCUCUCAUAUGAUCCAUAUGCCCCCUUAGUACCAAACAUAAUGCCUACCAGGCUAGACUGUUAAGCAUUGCUUAUAUUGAAUUAGGUGUCCAGAGAUAAAAAGAUAUUUUAUCAACACAUAGAAACCUUUACAUGAAAUUAAAGUUAUAACCAAGAAAAGUGUAAUGUUACAUAAAUAAAAAGAACCAGUAUAGCACUUUAGAUCAGAAAGAAGUUAAGGUUUUCUUAAAAUAACAACUGUUCAUGAAAUAACAAUAUUCCUGAGAUUUGCAUUUGCAUCACACUUUGAAAAUCUUAGCUCGUUUUUGCUUUCAACUUUAUCAAAACCAACAUUACUGUCAAAGCAGGAUGGGACUAUUAGGCAUCCAAAGUAACACAUGCCUUAGUGUGAUCGAACUGCACAUCUGAAUGGGGUUUUGACGAUUUAAUAAAUCUGGUCCAAACUCUGUUUCUAAAUUGAAUAAACCAAUUCUGCACAACUUUGACUGCUCGUACCAAGUGCUCAGUUGUACUCUUGCUGUUGUUCUCCCAGUGUUGUAAACUACUAACCUGGCAAACUUCUACACUGGCUUUGGCUCGCUUCUGCUCUCUCAUUGUCAGCUCAGAGUGUGGUGGUUCUCAGGGCUCCUCUUUUCCCUCCGUUGCUCCCCCUAGAUCAAAGCUGUGUAGACACUGACACUGCUAUUUAAAAUGUAGUAAAGAGUGAAAUCUCUUACAUCUUGGCUGAGAAACAAUAAAGAAAAGGAUGUUCACAAAAUGGGAGGGAGCACUUUAGCCAAAAUCAUCCCCCAAAUAAACUAGGACAAGAAACUUGUAUUCCCCUGAUUGAAUCUUGGUUCAGAUUUUAAUAGUGCUAUAUUAAAAGGUGUUUAAAUCCAUAUCCUUCCACUCUACACAAAACAUAUAUUACCAAUUUUCCAAAUUACACUGGCCCACAGAAUAAUAAAAUGUAUAAACACUAAACUGAAGGGUUCUCUGAGUUGUUUUAUUUUAAAUGUCAUGUGAUCAUAUGAUUUUGGAAUAUGUAUGCUACAUGUACUUGUAUGAUGUUAAUUUAGGUAGAAAAGUU